AUGAAUCAUCUUCAUUCCUUACCUUAUACUACUAAUAACUUACUCUAUGGUUUGGAUUAUCAUAAUAAUCUUGGACUUGUCAAUUCAGACAACAACAUGUCUAUAAUUAUGGAUGGAAGUGCGACUUCAUUUUCAACUCAAGAGUCUUAUUUUUCAACUGGUUAUUUAGAAGAUGCUUUGGUUGAGUUUGGUGAAAGUUCUAAACGUAGACGUUUACUGCCAUAUACUGAUACUGAUGAUGAACAAAGCAAAAGUACUAUUACUACUACUUCCAUUGAUGAUUUUGAUAAGAGCUUCUGGAAUUUCAACUCUAUAUGGAACCAACCAGUGGAGAAUUUCUACUGCAUGGAUCAGAUUGAAAGGAUUUGUGGUUUUUCAGAUGAGCAUAUAAGUCCAUUAAGGAGUAGAAUGAAUGAGCAACAAAACAUUGUUGGAGAAGACACUAAAACAACACAAGAGACAAUAUCAGCUUCUGAAUCACCAAAUUCCUCCUCAUCUUCAUACAAAGAAUUAUUACCUAAAACCAGCAAAGACAAAGACACCCCACUUGGAAGUAGUAGUAGUAGUGAGGAGACGAUGAGAAAGAAGAGAGUGUUAAGAAGUACAAGAGUGGUGUAUCCAUUUGCAUUAGUAAAACCAGGAGGAGAAGAAGAUGAAGUGACACUAAGUGACAUAAAUGAAAGGAUGUUAAUGGCACCAACAAGACCAGUAAGGCAUCCAGUUGGUGACUUUGCAUGUCGGCCAUGCGUAUCUGCAACAGGUCCAGGCCUUUCAGGGAAAGCAGUGGUGGCCCUUACUAGAAUCCACACUCAAGGUAGAAGAGGCACCAUCACUAUUAUCAGAACCAAAGACUAA